AUGGGCUUCGGUAUUCUGGAUGACCGCCAUAUGGCGUCCCCUCCAGGGACGUCUACGAUCAAUGACUCGGAGCCAGUUGUGGACUCCAAGGUCGACUCGAGCGCACUGAAGCGCGAUGGAGACAUCAUUCUGCAGCCACAGCCAUCCAACAGUCCAAACGACCCACUGAACUGGUCGCCCAUCCGAAAGGAGUGUAUCAUGAUUCUCCUUGCCUUCAGUUCCGGCGUGACAACAGCACUAGGACCCAUGGUAACGCCAGGCCUCCCGCUUCUCGCCAUGAAGUACAAAGUAAGCAUCGACAUGGUUUCGAGUCUGAUCAUCGGGUUCCUGGCCUUCUGGAUCGGCUUCACGACUUUCUUCACGGCGGCCGGAGCCAAUAUCUGGGGCAAGCGCCCCUUUUUCGUCAUCUCGGCUGUGGUUCUGCUCGCGACUAACAUCUGGGGAUUCUACACGAGGUCGUUCAUUUCUCUCGCCGUCAUGCGAGUCAUCCAGGGUAUUGCGUCUGCGCCGCUCGAAACGCUCGUCACAUCGACGGUAUCCGACAUGUACUUUGUGCACCAGCGCGGCGCGCGCAUCGCCGUGUGGGGCUGUUUCCUGGCUUCGGGCGUGUUGCUCGGGCAGACGAUUGCCGGCGCCAUCAUCGAGAACAUUUCCUUCGAAGCAACCUUUGGUAUCUCGGCUCUGAUUUUCAUCCCCAUUGUGCUCGGCAUGUACUUCUUCGUCGUCGAGACGACGUACUACGGCCCGCGGCCCACAGGCAAGCAAGUCGACGACGAGGACGUGGCGCUCGCGCAGGCCAACGAGCCCAAGCCGUCCUACAGCAGCCAGCUCGCCCUCUUCCGCGGCCGCAUGUCGCCCGAGUCGUUCUGGAAGAACGCGUGGAAGCCCGUGCCGCUCAUCAGUUUCCCCGCCGUGCUCUUCAGCACAAUUGUCUACGGAUCCUACUUCACGUGGCUGCUCACCAUCUCGGUGCUCUCCGCCAGCAUCUUUUCAGCGCCGCCGUACAAGCUGAACCCAGCGCAAAUCGGGCUGACCAACCUGCCUCUGCUGGGCGUCGGCCUCAUCGGGUCGCCGCUCUCAGGCUGGGCCGCCGACGCCAUUGCAAAGAGCAUGGCGCGCCGCAACAAGGGCGUGUUUGAACCCGAAUUCCGCCUUACGCUUAUGAUCCCCGCCACCAUCUUCGCCACCAUCGGCUUCCUGGGCUUCGGUAUCAGCACGUCGCAGGGCUACCCCAUUGCGUAUCCCCUCGUCUUCAUGUCCAUCCACUCGCUGUCCGUGCCCUUUGCAUCCACCGCCAGUCUCACAUAUGUCAUUGACUGCCAUCCCAAAGACGCGAACCAGGCCUUUGUCACCAUCAACUUCACCAAGGCCGUGUUUACCUUUAUCGCGACCACGUAUGCCAACGGCGUCAUGGCCAAGGUCGGCCCGAGAAUGGUGUUUGACAGCAUUACCGUCAUCAAUCUGGCCAUCUGCUCGCUUACCAUUCCGUCGUAUAUAUAUGGCAAGAGGUUUAGGAGCCUGGUUGCGCGCAGCUCGUUUGGAAAGAAGAUCUCGGGUUAA